GGCAACGGGACCUAUGUCAUAGAUGCCAUGCCACUUGACAGCAGUAAUUGGUUGCGAUAUGUGAAUUCUCCUCGUAAUUACAAAGAAGAGAAUGCUCAGGCGGUACCUUGCGCUGGUCUGAUUUUCUACAUGACAAUAAAGGAAGUACAUCCGGGCUCUGAGCUGAUGGUGUGGUAUGGAGACAGUUAUGGCCUCCAUCUUAACGUCAGCAGAAUACAUCCGGAACACGACUUAAACGGCACAGUGGUAUUUCGAGUCAACAUCCUCCAUAUUUUAGAUAAAUAUGGCGACGUGCUGGCCUUUGAUGACGGCACCAUUGUGACGUAUGACAAUUGGAUAGAAGACCUUACCUAUAAUGUUGUAGAUAGGAAAUUCGGACUUCUUCUAUCGUAUGACGUAAAACAAAAACGAUGGAGGUGGAUUCCGGAAAGGAAUCAUUCAUAUUUUACGGAUAAAAAGGGACUUUAUCUUCCAUUUGUGUGCGAAGAUAGAGAUUCUGAAAUUCCAGACGGAUGAAUUUGUUAUCUUUAAAUAGUAAACAAAUAUAAUUA